AUGGACAGCCCACUCAAUGGCGGUAAUUUCAAACACUACAACACCGAGGCUCCCAAGUCGAAUCUUGUCCUGCCUUUGUUCUCGUUGAAAGGCAAAACAGCAAUCAUCUCUGGCGCUGGUGCAGGUAUUGGUCUUGCCGUCGCUCGGGGAUACGCUGAAGCCGGCGCAAACGUCGCCAUCUGGUAUCACAGCAAUAAGAAAGCACUUGAACGUGCUGCAGAGAUUGAGAAAGAAUUCGGUGUCAAGUGUAAAGCAUAUCAGGUCGACGUACGGGAUGCCAAGGCUGUUGAUGAGGCCAUCGUCUCCCAAGUCAAGGAAUUCAACAACAGAUUGGACAUCUUUGUGGCCAACGCCGGUAUUCCAUGGACCCAGGGAGCCAUGAUUGGAGGCGAUCUCCAACACUAUCAGAAUGUGGUAAAGAUCGAUAUAGAUGGAGUUUUCUAUUGCGCCCGAACAGCAGGGCGCAUCUGGCGAGAACAGAAGGAGAACAAGCUGGAGAACUUCAACUAUGGCAAAUUCAUUGCGACGGCCAGCAUGAGCGGCCACAUCGCCAACAUCCCCCAACUUCAAGCAGCCUAUAACGCCAGCAAAAGUGCCGUGCGCCAUCUAUGUCAAUCUCUAGCGAUUGAAUGGGUUCAAUUCGCGCGUGCCAACAGUAUCAGUCCUGGUUAUAUUGCCACGGAGAUCAGCAAUUUCGUCCCUCCCGAGACGAAGGACCUCUGGCGAGACAAGAUCCCUAUGGGUCGCGAAGGUGAGCCUAUUGAGUUGGUUGGUGCGUACUUGUAUCUUGCUAGUGAUGCAAGCUCGUACACCACAGGAACCGAUAUCUUGGUUGAUGGAGGAUACUGCGCUCCAUAG